AUGGAUGACUUUGCAAUUGCAGUAAGUAGAUAUAGAAGGAGAAAAUACGACUAGUCUAUUCAAUUAUGCGAUAAGAUUCUUUAAGUGAAUAGUUAAGAUUAAUCUACUUGGGUCUUAAAAGCAAGCAGUUUAAUCAGAAAAUUGUUUUUGGAUGAUAUUGAAAUAGAUGAAUAAGGAAUUGGUGAUCAAUUGAUGAAUGAUGACUCAAUCAACACAGUAGCCAGGCCUGGUACAAGUUUACAACGACCUGGAAGUCAAGCUGGCUAAGUAUUAAGAAUAUAUUAUUUUUGGAUGGGGAGAUUGUAGACUGGAUAUGCUAGACCAGUCACAAAUCGACAGGAAGCCUAAGAGAAUGCAGUAAAGACUGCAAGAGUUGGUACAAGGCUGGGCACAGCCAGACCUAUGACAUAAGGAGGAAGAUAUAUAAGAUUGGGCACGGCUUCAUUACAAUAGAUGGGAGACUAAUUCAUUAUGGUUGAUAAAUUAGACAUGAAAAAGAUGGCUGCCAAACCUGUAGUAUCAAGGGUUUUAUGCGAUUAUUUAAUUUAUGUUGAACAUAAUCCAAGAAAAGCUUUAUAAUUGGCUGCAGAGGCAACUUAAGCGAACAAUUAUUCAGAUUGGUGGUGGAAGGAAAGACUAGGAAAGGCAUAUUUUAUGUUAGGACUCUAUAGAGAAGCAGAGAAACAAUUCGAAAGUUCUAUUAAAAUGCAAGAGAUGAUAAAAACCUAGUUGCAAUUAGCAAAGUAUUAGAUACAUAAACAUAUUAGAAUUUAUCUAAGAUUAGAUUAGCCAACCACAGCAAUAGAACUGUAUAAAAGGAACAGUGAGCGAUAUCCUCAUGAGAUUUCAUAUUUGAUAGGGAUAGCUAGAGUUUAUGAUUAAUUAAAUCAACCCGAAAAAGCCUUGCCCUUUUAUUAAAAUACAUUAAUUAAGGAUAAUUGCAAUAUUGAAGCUGUGGCUAGUUUGGGAGCAUAACAUUUUUAUUUAGACUAGCCUGAAACUGCUUUACAAUUUUAUAAGCGAUUAUUAUAAUUGGGUUUGUACACUGCAGAAAUUUGGAACAAUAUAGGAUUAUGCUGCUUUUAUAGUGGACAAUAUGAUUUAUUCUAUUCAUGUUUUGAAAGAGCCUUAAGUGUGGCCGAUGAAUAACAAAGAGCAGAAGUAUGGUAUAACUUAUCGCAUAUAUUUAUCAAUCUAGGAGAUAGUGGCACUGCUUAUUAAUGUCUUAAGAUAUCUCUAUGUUAUGAUCCUCACCAUGGAGAAGCCUACAACAACUUAGCUGUGGUUCAAUCGAAAAGAAAAGAAUUUGACAAAGCCAAGCUGAACUUUUAGAAAGCCAUAGAAAGUAACGAGUUCAUUUAUGAGCCUAUCUAUAAUUUAAGUGUAUUGCACUUUAACCAACAAGAUUAUUCUCAAUGUUAUUCAUUGGUUUAAAAAACACUUAAGUUAUUUCCUGACCAUUCUGAUUCAUUAGAGUUAAAUGAGAAAGUAUUACAAGUAUUAUAAUAAAUAUGA